AUGCCCAGUUUUACUGGAGAAAGUGCCAAUGAUGACCACUUACUAAAUUUGUCUCAACUUAAAAAUAUUUUAAGUGGUCUUUCUGCUAAUUUCCCCUUUCACAGCAAUAUUGGCUCAAGCACAGUUAUUACUUCAAAACUCAUCAAAGACCCAAGACUGUUGAAGAGAGAAGAAAGCAUGGGAAAACAGAGUAAUAUAACAGGUUUAAAUGAGGUUUUGGCAUUUGAGAACAACUUAGAUUCUGUUAAUUCAGAAAUAGACUCGUCAUCCAGAUCAACCGAUUUUGUAUCCUCAUCUGAAAUUCUACAUGAUAAUCAUGCUCUUCUUACUAAUUGUUUUGAUGCCCCCUGCUUCAAAAUUCCUUUUGAUGGUCCACAAUCUCAGAUUCAUGACACAUGCUGCAAGGACUGUGCAGCUCCCAAUAAAAUUACAGUGGCAGAAGAAUGUAAGGGUCAAGACCAAUUUUCCUUCCCAAUUUCUUUGUCAAAGAUAGUUUCAGAAGUUGAGAAUCAAAAAUACAGUGAGGAAAAAGACCACAGAUCCCAACCAAAACAGGUGAAUAAUUAUAUAGAUGACUACAAAAGUUAUAUGUCUCAAGAAUUACAGUCUACUAGUUUAAAACCUGAAUAUCAUAGUGGUUAUCAGAGGUCAACAGUUUCUCUAUUUCAAAAUAAAGAAAACAUAGAUAAGUAUAUUGAAAAUAUUGGAAAUAUAAAGAGCCUUAAAACUGAUCCAAAAGAUAAUUCCGUGUGUGGAGAAAAGCAACAGUUAGAGGAAACUGAUCAUUUUUCUAAUAAAACAAAAGUAAGUCAAAUAGACAAUUAUAUUUCAUUGCACCAAGAACAAGAACUUCCUGAAAGUAAGAGUCUCAGUUCUUCAAGGAAAAGCUGUGAUCAGCUAUUAAUUAGUCAAGAGGUAGAAAUACCAGUCUCUACCACAAAGAAUAACUAUGAACUGGAGGAUCAAGCUGUGGAAUUACAAAAUAAUCUUGCUCCAGGUAUAGAGCGUUUUUUGCAGAAUUACCCACAACAUUGUGUGGAGUCUGAAAAGACUAACAUUCAUACAAGUUUUGUCAUUUCUCAAAAACAAAUGGAACUUGAAAGGGAAAAAGCAAAUCAGGAUUAUGUUAGCAUGAUGACUGACGUUUUCCAGGAAGCAACCGAAAUUUCCCAGACCAAAGAACUGCAGACUGAUAGAGUUGUUUCAUCCUGUGACAUUGAAACAACAGCUAAUAAUUUCAGCUACUGUGUAACUAAACAUUUAUGUGUCCAUGGGAAAAAUGAACAUGAACUAAUGUCAUUAGAGGACAAUCAGAAAAAUGGAAAAGAUACUGCUAUUGAAGACAAUCAAGAUCGUCUUUUCUUUGAUACACAGCCGAACAAUAAGAUAUCCCUGAAAAUUUAUUUCAAGGAACAAAAAGAAAACCAACGUGACACUAAACAGAAAGACAUUGCUUCAUCUAUAGAGGACAUCAUAGAGAACAUUUAUAGAGAUGAGCGGCAGUUUUUCAAUAUAGACAAGAUUUUUUCCAACGUAGAAAAAAAGAGGGUACAUAAAAAUUGCAAUAAUGAAGAAAUGCUGAUAUCCAAAGAAUUUUCUCCACUUAGCAUGAUGUGGGAAGAAAAUUACUUACCAACAGAAGCUACAUCAAAAGGAAAUGAAGAUAGUGUCCCUGCCUUAAACCAAGAAGUUAAUAAACAUAAUGGAAGUCAUCUCGAGCAUUUGGCUUCAACAGUGCGGCCUGAAGUGUCAAGUUCUUCAGUGUGUGCAGACUCAGAUGUUGAAAUACAAACUAGUACUGCUACUGCUGCUGCUACUGUACCUGCUUUAUGCACAAAUCAUGAUGCUCCCCAAAGAUAUUUGUUUAAAAAAACUUGUUCUGAAAGUACAGAUUUUGGUUUGCUCAUAAAUUCUAGGAUUUCUGAUUGUGAAAUUGAUAGAAAUAAAGUACAAGAGUCUAUUCAUCCCUCAAUAAUAAAUAAGAACUUUGUUAUUGAAAAUUUGGAUAUGGAAAAUGAGAUUGAAGUGGGAACAGAAGAGUGUGAUAAUGCUUUUCUCUGUCAGCACGAUCCUCUUAGCUGUGAAAAUGUGCUUAGUGAAGAAUUAAGGACCUCAUAUGAAGCUCUGGAGUCUCGUAUUGACUGGGAAUUUCUAUUAGGAAGCAAAAACUAUGAUGCAGAAACAUUGGCAAGCUUCACAAGAAGAGAAGCUAAAGCUCAGCAUUACACUCAGGAAAGUAAAUGUUUUUUUUAUUCUGCUCCGAAAACCACAGCAGAGAUUCUUAAUCCAGUUUUGCUUCCAGAUCUACAAAUUAGUGUCACUAAUAAAUUUAGGCCAGGAUUCAACCCUAUUGCUGAUUCUUAUGAAUUGAAAGAUAAUUUUUACAAACGUACAACUGUAAUCCCAGAACCAGAAAUAAAGGAGGAGGAAAAGAGCCCAAGAUUAGGAAUCUGUUCGCACUCUGCCAGUGAAAAUUCUGAUUAUCCAUGUGAGGAUAAAGUUCCUAACAUAAUGCAAGACUUAGAACUAAUGGGUAAAUCUGGAACUUCCCGUUCUGUUGAAUUAAGUCAGAACACACACACGAAUCACAUGUCUGAAAAAGCAGAAACUUCAGAUGUCACAAAUAAUGAAAGCAGGGGUUCUUUUGCAGAAUCAAAAACUGACUAUAAUGAUAAUAAAAGUAAGAAGCACAUGGAAUCAAGAAGUAGCAAAAGAAAAGUGGAGUCAUCUUGUAAAGACCAAAACAUAGAACGUAAAGAAUUAAGACAUCAAGAAAGGUACCCAAAAAGGAGGAGGCUAACUAGCCAAGAUUCCUCUGAAUGUUUUUCUUCAUUAUCCCAAGGACGAAUUAAAACUUUUGCACAGUCCGAGAAGUAUAUUCGUAGUGUCUUGGAUAUUUUACAUAGUGAAGCUUCAUUAUGCAAAAGCAGACGUCUUUCCAGGAGACUUGACAGAGCUGUUCUUCACUUAAAGAAAGCUCACAGACGAGUGUACACAUCCUUGGAACUAAUAGCUAAAGUAGGAGAAAAAAGAAAAGGCCAGUUGCCAAAAUCAUACGCAAUAAUAUGCAAUAAUUUCUGGGAGAGUUGUGACCUUGAAGGUUAUAGUUCUGUAUGUGAAAGAAAAUACUAUUCCACUGAACAUUUUUUUUCAAAAAGAAAAAAUGACAAAGAGGAUGAGAGGAGAGCGUUAGCCCUGGGCGUAGGGAAACCGUUAUCUUGUGUGUCAAAGCCCAAGCCUAACAGAAGAAACAGAGAGAAUAUCACAGCACACCUUUCUAAGAAAAGUUUGGUCAACAGUGUUUCCAAAAGUUGUACAACUAUUCAUGUGGAAGAAUUUUCUAGUGAGGAGCAGUAUCCUGAAUCACAGUUAGGCCUCAAGUCAACCUUCCGAGGUGCAGAACAUUCAGCUUAUAAUAACAGUAGUAUGAAACUUUCAAGACCUUCAGAACUUCAACCUUUUUCUAGAGAAACUACAUGUCUAUUUUCAGCAGACCAUCAAGAUAAGCUUCUUGAAAAAGAAAGUCAAGUCGAUGUUAAUUUUUUAGCUAAUAUUAGCAAAUACAAAAACCUUGAGAACCACUCAACACAUACUAAUAUUAAGGAUCUAUCAAAAGAAGUCAAUUCCAUAGCUGGUGAAAUAAAAGAAAGUAAGUCAGUAUCUUUAAGUUGCUUAAAAGAACAUGAGUGUGUAAGUAUGGACAAAAAUAAUGAUUCAACUCCUAAAGCUCACACAGGGGCAAAAACUGGUGUACUUAUUUCAGUCUUGGAAGCAAAUGGAGAGCAAUGUUUGAAUGUUGAUACUUGCAAACCAGAUCAUCUUUUACUGGAUUGUAAAAGAAGCGUGGAAAUGAAUUUUCCGAAAGAAAAACGUACAGCUCCUGGUGAGGGUGCUAAAGGAAACACUACCACAGCAAACCUUCCUGUAGACCCAUUAAACCUAACUCUGAAAGCAAGCAGAAAGUCUAAUAGUAUUCCUCAGUUUUCAGCUGCUCCAAUGAUAGCUGCUGAGGGCGAAUCUUCAACACGCUAUUUGGAUAAACAGAGGAUUUUGGCUAUGGAUUCUUAUGCAGCACCCACUGCUGUAUCCCAUUGUCAGCCAGAAUGCGAUGGAAAGGGGGUUCCAAAGGUAGAGCAGUGCACCCGGAUACAUGAGAAUGGCUCAGAUGUUUCUCAGAAUUCCAUCUUGAACCUGACAUCAGUAAAUGGAGAUACUAAAAGUUGUGCAAAAAAUGCGAAGACAUUAUUUUCUAAUGAAAAUUCUCUGCUUUUAACACAGAAUACCGAGGCUUUGUCUUCGAAACAGCAUAUUGCAGAGAAAAAUGUUCAGGACAGAAAAAUGUGGAGUAUUAGACAAACAGAAAAAGUGAAAGAUUUGAUUGGAGAUGUAUACCACAAAAAUGGCAUGGCAGAAGAAUCAUCUUGUAGGACUGAGUACAAAAAUCAAAAGAUCUUAGAUAAACCCUCCCUCUUAGGGGAAAAAACAACUGAAAAGAACUUGAUUGAGUCACAUCUAGGCAAUAAAAUUUCCACUUUUUUUAAGGCAUUUUGUGUGAAUAAUGCCAUUCCUAAUCCAUUUAACAAAGGACAGGACAGUAAGGACACUAAAGUUAGCAACUUUCAGUCUGAUUCCAGAGUGCUUUCAGAAAUAACAUGUAAUUUCAAACCAGGCUCUAUAGGCAUUAACAAUACACCCACUUUGCAUACCCACCCAGGAGCCUCAAAAAUCACUGAUCUUCAGAAGAAGCCUAUCUCAUACAUUAGUGACUCAAAAGAAGUGGAGAGCUCUGACAUAACUAAGCUGUCUCAGAUUUUGCAGAGAGCAGAUGAAGCAUCAUCUUUGCAGAUUCUACAGGAAGAAACAAAGGUUUGUCAAAGUAUUUUACCUUCCUUUGUUAAAGCUUUUGAGAAAUACCAAGAAUGUUCCCUUGAGCAAAUCUUAGUUUCACGAGAACUACUGGUACAACAAAACCAGUGGAGUAAUUGUAAAAGUAAAUUAAAACCAUCUGCUAUUGACUCUUUGGUAGAACUCCAAAUGAUGAUGGAAACGAUUCAAUUCAUUGAAAACAAAAAAAGACUUUUAGGGGAUGAGCCAACAUUCCGAAGCCUGCUUUGGUAUGAUGAGACGCUGUACAGUGAGUUACUUGGGGGACCACGUGGUUAUCAACAACAGUCCAAUUUUUACCCUGGGUUUCAAGGAAGGUUAAAAUAUAAUGCAUUCUGUGAGUUACAGAAAUACCAUGAUCAGUUAAUUGAAUUGAUGGAAGAAACAAAAAAGGAGGAAAAUUCAUACUAUGCAUUCUUAAAAUACAAACGCCAGGUUAAAGAGUGUGAAGCAAUAAUGAAUCAUUGUUCUGAUUGCUUUGACUUUUCUCUUUCCAUUCCAUUUACCUGUGGCGUGAAUUUUGGUGAUAAUUUAGGAGACCUAGAAGCUUUAAGAAAAUACACUUUACAGCUGAUCGAUGUCCAUGGCAAGCCUCCUAAAGUUAGUUCGUAUCCAGGGAAACAAGACCACUUGUGGAUCGUUAUAGAAAUGAUCUCCUCAAAAGUUAAUUUUAUCAAGAGCAGUGAAGCAGUAAGUAUUAAAAUAUCUCUUUAUGGUUUGGAACAUAUUUUUUUUGAUGCUGCCAAAAGUCUUGUGUGGGAGGAGAAAAAACAAACUCUGAAAAAAUGCUCACGAAAAAAGUACAAAGAGAUGCUACUGGAAAUUAAUCAAAAAUCUUUUUCAAAGAUGCAGCAAAUAUAUAAUACUUUGUCUAAAGAUUUAAGUAGUGAACAGGUUUCCAUUAGUGGACUGGAGGAUGCCAUGAUUGCUUGCAAGAAGUCAGAUACGCUAUUUAAUAAAGCAGCAGUAAAAAGAGAAAGCUAUAGACUGACCAGUAUUUUGCCUUCACAUCCAGAUAUUUGUUGUAUAAGUGAAAUAUUAGAUCAAGCUGAAUCUGCAGACUUGAAAAAAUUACAAGAACUCGCUUUGAAGUGUUCUAAUCACCUGGAAAAUCUAAAAAAUUACUUUGCGAUGUUGCAAAAAAAUAAUAUAGACAGUAUUUUUAUCACAGAAGAUAAUGUUUUGGACAUUGUGAAAAAUCAUAAGCAUGAAGCUGUCAUUUUAAAGCCUGAAGCUGUUGAAACGUAUCUUGAAAUAGUCAUGACAUUAGAAACUGUACAUUUCUUGCAAAACUCAAUGUCAAGGAAACUAGAAAAGCAGCAGUUUCGAGGUAUGCUUUGGUUUGAUUUGUCACUUCUACCAGAUCUGAUUCACUGCCAAGAAGAAAUGGCUUGUUUUUCAUUUCUUGAAGAGAAUUCCACAGAUUACCUUUGGAAAGCAGUGGAGAUUGAUAUAUCUGAACUCAAGAAAGAACUUGAUGUUGAGUGUAAUGAAGCUGUUAAUUGUUCAUAUGCUUUUCAUUUGCUAUCAAGAGAAUUUGAAGAAAUUUCAGAAAUAAAAAAACUCCUGAAAGAGUCUAAGUGUUCCAUUUCCACAUACAUUAACUUCAUGCCGUGUAUAGCAUCUGUAAACUAUGGAAGCACUGUGAAGGAGUUAGAAUACAACUAUAAUCAGUUUUCUGCACUGCUCGAAAAUACAGUGGCUGCUCCUCGAAAAGAUUUAGGGAAAAUGGCCCAUAUUAUGAAAGUUAUGAAAACUAUUGAUUAUAUGAAGAUUAUAUGUGCUAAAAAUGCAGAAUUAAGCAUUUCCUUUCUCCUUUGCCAAAUGCUAUAUAACCGAAAUAAAACUUUACAAUUGAAGACAAAAGAAAAAUUUACUCAAAUUAUAAACCGUGAGAAGAGCAUUAAUAAAUCCAGUACUUGUAUGAAGAUGCCCUCAGAGUAUAUUGUAAAUUCCCCUAAAAAAAGACGUAUCCUUGUAGACAGAGAUGAACACUCUCAGGAACAAGAGAACGACCUCACUCUUUCCAGUUCUAAAAAGCAAAAGAUGAACAAAGAUGACACAGAAAUCAGCAAAGAAAAAGAAAGAGUCAAGAAUCCAAGGUAAGACAUCUGGACUACAACAUCUCAUCCCCAACGUGAAAACAAAAUAGGACCAAGUGCAUCCGAUCAUCUGAGAAGAAACUGUGUGUCUCCAAAAAUAGUUGAAAUCCCAAGAUCACCACCUCGCUCACUUGUUGCUUUAAAGAACUCAGAAUGCAGUUGCAUGUCAGAUUUGGAAAGCAAAGUAGAUUUAAAUAAUAUUUUAUCUGUUAGGUCAGAAACCUUCACUGGGAAUCAGACAAAUGGCAUGAAGGAAAGAAGUGUGAAUUUUAGUGCAGCUGGGGGAAAAAGUGAAAAGAAAAAUGGUGCUUAUUUUGCAGUUUGUGACCACAAAAGUGUAGGCAACAAAUUUUCAAAAGACUGUGAUAUGCCUUCACAAGAAGUUCUUACAGCUUCCCCAGCUCCUGCAAAGAACAUAAAACCAGGAACUGAGACUUCUUUUCUUCCCAGAACAGCAGUACUCUCAAAGCCUGUAUUCCAUCCUGUGAAGGAGAGCCAUAGCCAUCUAGAAAUAAAUGACCCUAGCCUUGAACUUGAAGGUAAUGAAGCACUAAAUCCAUCUGUUAAAAGCUUCACAUGCAACAAUUCCCAAGAACCUACACUAAUUCAGAACAUAAUUCCUAUUCAAGUAAACAAAACAAAGCCUGAAAAAACUGAAUCAGAGGACAAUUAUAUGAAAGAGACAUUGAAUCCCAGCACUAUUCCUGUUGGAGCAUCUGAGAGCUUAACUCUUAAUAGGAAUCAGGUACCCAAGUACUCUCUCUCUGAACAGAGUAGUGAAAAUUCAAAAGCCCUAACUCAAAAUGCCUCCAUCUAUUGGAAUCAAUAUCCUCAACCAGCUUAUACCUCUAUAAGUAGUUCUUCUGAAUAUUCACACAGAACUCCAUAUCCUUACUAUUCUUGGAGUGUUUAUCAUUAUAGUAAUAUCAAUGGCAAUUCUAUAACCCGAACAUACCAGGGGAUAACAUCUUAUGAAGCACAACCUCAGCAUCCAGGGAUAUCAAAUACAAUGGCAAGUAGUGUCCAGAACACACAUUCUAAUUUUUUUUGCUCUCAAUAUUUUAGUUACUUUGCUGGGGAGCCACAAGUUGAUGGUUUUGGUCCAGUGAAUGGGUAUUUCCAAUCUCAGAUGCCAAUUUCUUACAAUUUUCAGCAGCCAAUUUUUCCACAGUUAGUUUCCAGUCAGCCUUUACCACAGGCUUCAUACCCGUACCCUCCUCCUGGUGUGCUUCCAGACGCUCCUUGGGCCUAUGGCGGCGGGGACAGCAGCGGGAGCUACAAUCUGCUCUUCCCGGGUUCCCGCUGCGGUAUCUACAUGGGGCUGGUCUGUGGCGUCGGUGCGCACUGA